AUGGAACACGGGGAAGAGGAUUAUGAGGAAGAGCAAUAUCAUCCUCAAGUCGAUGGAGUGAGGCAACAUCCACCUCAUCCACUCAAUGAGAGAAUUCGGCAAGAUCACCAAGGGGAAGACCGCCCUCAAGCUCAAGGCAAUCAACCGCCAAGGCAAACUUUGGGAGAUUUCUUCCUCCCGGAUGUGGAUAAUGCCACAUAUGGAUGUUUUGCUCAACUGGUUAGAGCGGCUACCUUUGAAAUCAAGCCUAGCACGAUUCAACUCCUAGAGAAUCGGUGCCAAUUCUAUGGGUUACCAAGUGAGGACCCGAAUGAACAUAUAGCAAAGUUCUUGGGAGUGUUGGAUACGAACAAGCUUCAUAAUGUGACCGUCGAUCAAAUCAAGCUCCGAAUGUUUCCAUUCUCACUAAGAGACAAGGCAAGCUUGUGGCUUCAUUCGUUACCUAAUGCAUCAAUCCAUAAUUGGCUGGAUCUCGCUCAAGCUUUCCUCCAUAAGUACUUUCCGAUGGGGAGAACCGCAAAGUUGACCAAAGACAUCAUCGACUAUUAUCAAUAUGAGGGGGAAUCUCUUUAUGAAACUUGGGAGAGGUUCAAAGAUCUCCAAAGGCACGUCCCUCAUCAUCGUCUUGCAAGGGAGCAUGUGCUCCAAAUAUUCUAUAAUGGUUUGGGUGAGAUUACACGGUCUACCAUUGAUUCGACAUCGGGAGGUUCUUUGAUUCAAAAGACGUAUGAGGAAGCAAAUGAGUUGGUUGAGAAAUUGGCUAUGGUGAGUAGCAAUUGGUCCUCGGAAAGAAGAAGGCCUCCGGCUCAAAAAGCAUUGAUGACACUUGACCAAUCAAAAGAGUUCGAAGCCAUAAAGGCCAUGAAUGCAUCUUUGCAAAGCCAAGUCGAUGCCUUGAAGAAGCAAGUGAACCCCCGGAAUGCUCCGGUGGCAUAUGUCCAAGUGGGAUGUGAACAUUGUGGGGACUUCAAUCCUAGUAGUGGUGAGUGUUAUGCCACAGGACAAGCGUGGAGUGAACAAGUGAGCUAUGUGGGAGGUCAAAGGCAAGGGAAUGAUCCCUACUCUAAUACCUAUAAUCCCGGAUGGAGGAACCAUCCUAAUUUUGGGUGGAGAAAUCAAGAGGGACAAGGCAAUGUUCGAGCGCACCAACAAGCGGGUCCUAGCCUUCAAAGUGGGAAUAGGCGUCAACAACAAGUUCCUUAUCACAACAACCAAGGGCAAGGAAACAAUUAUGGCGGGAGACCUUAA